AUAAACCCAAUUAUCUUUAUUCUCAUCUUAUCAACAAUGAUAUUAGGAACUAUUAUUGUCAUAAUUAGUUCCCACUGAUUACUUGUCUGAAUCGGAUUCGAAAUAAAUAUACUCGCUAUUAUUCCCAUUAUAAUAAAAAAACACAACCCACGAGCUACAGAAGCAUCAACCAAAUAUUUUUUAACCCAAUCAACAGCUUCAAUACUACUAAUGAUAGCCGUCAUUAUUAACCUAAUAUUCUCAGGCCAAUGAACCGUAAUAAAAUUAUUUAACCCAGUAGCAUCUAUGCUCAUAACAAUAGCCCUUGCUAUAAAAUUAGGAAUAGCUCCAUUUCACUUCUGAGUCCCAGAAGUAACACAAGGCAUCCCCCUAUCAUCAGGCCUAAUCUUGCUAACAUGACAAAAACUAGCACCCAUAUCCGUACUCUACCAAAUUUACCCAUCCAUUAACCUAAAUAUAAUCUUAACCAUUUCCAUUUUAUCAAUUAUAAUUGGAGGUUGAGGAGGACUAAAUCAGACUCAACUACGAAAAAUUAUAGCCUAUUCAUCAAUUGCCCACAUAGGCUGAAUAACAGCAGUCCUACCAUAUAAUCCUACAAUGACACUACUAAACCUAAUUAUUUACAUUAUUAUGACCUCCACCAUAUUCACACUAUUUAUAGCCAAUUCAACCACCACCACCCUGUCACUCUCUCACACAUGAAAUAAAAUACCCGUAAUAGCUAUCCUGAUUCUCGUAACCCUCCUAUCAAUAGGAGGACUUCCCCCACUAUCAGGAUUUAUGCCAAAAUGAAUAAUUAUUCAAGAAAUAACAAAAAAUGAUAGCCUUAUCUUACCCACCUUUAUAGCAAUCACAGCUCUACUAAACUUAUAUUUCUACAUACGACUUACCUACUCCACAGCACUAACAAUAUUUCCCUCUAUAAACAACAUAAAAAUAAAAUGACAAUUCUCCACUACAAAACAAAUAACCCUUCUACCCACAAUAGUUGUUUUAUCCACUAUAUUAUUGCCACUGACACCAAUCCUAUCAGUACUAGAAU